AUGUCAAAGUUUGUGGACCUUAUUACCCAAUUGGUGUUUGAUGCCGCUCCUCAAGAAAUAAACACAGUUUCAGAGUUAUUAGCAACAGUUACUGACAACAAGAGUAACGAUGUCAUCCUUCAAGUGGUUGGGGAGUACAACGUUGCAAAGCGCCUUCCCAUUGAUUUGAAUGGUUCUUAUGUAUUUGCUACUGAAUAUAACAAGCAAGGUUCUAAGUUUUAUGACCCCUUUCAUAAGGUUUUGUUCUCAGUAGAUCAUUUGAAAAGGGUUGGUCUAGAUGUGGAAUCUCAUGAGGUAGAUGUUACCAAGGAACAAAAAGAUAUAUACGAACAGUUGGGAGACUAUAUAUCCGGUAGUUUCCCAGGUUCUGGCACAUAUACAGUACUUCCUGCCGAUAACGCAGAUGAGCUGGUCAUUAUUAUUGUUAGCACACGUUAUAGUCCUAAUAACUACUGGAGCGGCUACUGGAAAUCGGAGUAUAUCUAUAAUUCAAGUUCAAGAAGCUUAAAGGGAGAUGUCCAUGUAUCCACUCAUUAUUAUGAGGAUGGAAAUGUUCAAUUUAACACCAGUGAGGUUUUCGAUGAGGAAGAAGUGGACGAAGUCGUCAAGACCAUUCAUAAGUUAGAAUCUGCAUUUGAAGCAAGAUUAGAUAAAUCCUUCAGAGAACUAAAUGAAGGUGAAUUCGCCAAAUUAAGGAGAAGAUUACCCGUGACCAGGUCGAAAGUAAGCUGGGGUAAAGCAAUUGGUAACUACAGACUAGGCAAAGAUGCCUCCAAGGGUAUGUAA